AUAUAUAUGACAACAUUGAAGGUUUUAUGUAACAAUAAUCAAUAACAAUAUUAACAGAUAUGCUGAGCAUUGUAGCCUUGUUAUUGAUAUCAAUUUUGGAGAUAUUCUGCGACGAUGAUCUUAUAUUAACCCUACCGAACGGAAAAAUUCGAGGAAUUUCAGUUACUCCCCCAGCUACUGUCAACCUUACAUAUUAUGCAUAUUUGGGAAUUCCUUUUGCAGCACCACCAAUAGGUAAUUUACGAUUUCAGCCACCACAACCAGCUCCAAAUUGGGAAGGAAUUUUGGAAGCCAAUAAUAAUUCCGUGUCUUGCUAUCAAGUGGAUAAGGACGAGAAGUAUCAAACAGAAGAUUGUCUUUAUCUAAGCGUUUUCACACCACUAAAACCUUCGGAUUCGAGGAAGUUACCGGUUCUGGUUUCUAUAUAUGGAGGAACAUUCAUACACGGCCAUGCUUCUUAUAGUAGCAAAGCACCAGCUUUCCUCAUAAGCCAUCAUUUGAUUCUUGUAACAUUCAAUUAUCGUGUUGGACCUUUUGGAUUUUUAUCAACUGGUGAUACAGUUAUUCCCGGAAACAUGGGAUUGAAAGACCAACAGUUAGCUCUGAAGUGGGUCCAUCAAAAUAUUGAGUUUUUCGGUGGUGAUCCACAACAAGUAACCAUCAUGGGACAGAGCGCUGGAUCGGCAUCAGUUACCUAUCAACUUCUCAGCUCUGGAUCGGCAGGACUGUUUAGGGCUGCAAUAGGAAUGAGCGGCUCUGUUUUGUGCGACUGGGCGCAACAAAGAAAUGCUGUGGAGACAGCUUAUGGUAUAGCUACUGAAAUUGAUCCUAGUUUUGAGAGAACUAGAUCUACACAAGAAUUAUCAGACUUCUUACUGAAUGUUGAUGCAGGUCUAAUAGUCAAUACUCAUGAUAAGUAUAAUGUAUUUUCACCGGUCAUAGAAGUACCUCAUGAAGGAGCUUUCAUUUCCGAUGUUAUGUACACUUCGGUCGAAAACGGUUCAUUCACAAAAGUUCCAGUUUUAAUGGGAUUCAACUCAGAAGAAGGUAUAGGAAUGGCAAAAGAUAUGGAUUCAUGGAAGAAACAUGUUAAAAGAUAUGAUGAAGAUCCUCGUUCAUUGGUUGAUGACGAUAUGUAUAUUACUGAUAAUUAUGUGAAGUUAGAAGUCGGUUAUAAAAUAAGAAGUAUUUAUAUGGGAGAUCAGCCAUUUGGUGAUAACGUUGGGAAAGCCAUACAGUAUUAUAGUGACAACAGAUUCAUUAGGCCAAUUUUGAAAUUUGCCGAGUUACUCUCACAACACAUUGAUUUAUACUUUUAUGAAUUCUCCUAUCAUGGCGAAUUAGGACAAAACAACGUUUCAAUACCGGGUAUUGGCAAAGUAGCCCAUGCAGAAGAUCAGAAAUACUUAUGGGCCAACUACGAUAACUAUGAUCAAUUUUCUGAGUCAGAUGUCAAAACUCUACAAAGAUAUGUGAAAUUGGUUGCUAAUUUUGUGAAGUUUUUAAACCCUACACCUGAAAACGAGGAGCUUUUUGAUAAUGUCACAUGGCCAACCGCAACAAGUGACUCAUUUACCUAUUUGAACAUCGAUGAAAAUUUGAGCUUGAAUAAAAACCCACGAAACUUCUCAUACGGACCAUGGGUAGAUAUAUUCGAAGAAUAUGUUCCAAAGCCAUUCAUAUCUUUCUAAAUACUGAAUCAAUAAAAAAUGUCAUUUAUUU